CUCCGGCCCACACCGGAAAUGAAGUCAGACAGAGAACCGCACCCCCCGGCGGGGAGACUGGGCCCCAAAAGCGGCGCCAGUUGGAGGUGGCUGCGGCAGCUGAUGUGGCCCUCAUGGAUGAGCUGGUGCAUGACUUAGCCUCAGCCUUGGAGCAGACAUCUGAGCAGAAUAAGCUUGGUGAGCUGUGGGAAGAGAUGGCCCUGAGCCCUCGCCAGCAGAGACGGCAGCUUCGGAAACGCCGAGGUCGGAAGCGCCGGUCUGACUUUACUCACCUGGCAGAGCACACCUGCUGCUACAGCGAGGCCUCUGAGUCCAGUCUGGAUGAAGCUAUUAAGGAUUGUCGAGAAGUUGCCCCAGUCACCAAUUUUAGUGACUCUGAUGACACAAUGGUAGCCAAACAGCACCCAGCUCUCAAUGCCAUUGUUAAGAGUAAGCAGCAUUCUUGGCAUGAAUCUGACUCCUUUACUGAAAAUGCACCUUGUCGACCACUCAGGCGCCGGCGGAAGGUGAAGCGAGUGACUUCAGAGGUGGCUGCCAGCCUUCAGCAGAAGCUGAAGGUGUCAGAUUGGAGCUAUGAGCGAGGCUGCAGGUUUAAGUCUGCUAAGAAGCAGCGUCUGUCUCGCUGGAAAGAAAAUACUCCCUGGACCUCAUCAGGCCAUGGGUUGUGUGAAUCGGCAGAAAAUAGGACUUUCCUAAGCAAAACGGGAAGGAAAGAAAGAAUGGAAUGUGAAACAGAUGAACAAAAACAGGGCUCUGAUGAGAACAUGUCAGAAUGUGAAACCAGCAGUGUGUGUAGCAGCAGUGACGCUGGGCUCUUUACCAAUGAUGAAGGACGGCAAGGGGACGAUGAACAGAGUGAUUGGUUCUAUGAAGGAGAAUGUGUCCCAGGAUUCACUGUUCCUAAUCUUCUGCCCAAGUGGGCUCCUGAUCAUUGUGCCGAAGUAGAAAGAAUGGAAUCUGGAUUGGAUAAACUUUCAGAUUCCACAUUCCUUUUACCUUCUCGGCCAGCUCAGAGAGGAUACCACGCUCGCUUGAAUCGUCUACCAGGAGCUGCAGCUCGAUGCCUCAGAAAGGGGCGAAGAAGGCUGGUUGGGAAGGAGACCAGCGUAUGUACUCUGGGUACUGAGAGGAUAAGCCAUAUCAUCAGUGACUCCCGGCAGAAAGAAAAGAAUAAAGCGUUGCCGUCUGAUUUUCCUCACAUUUCUGCUUGUGCACAUGAGUUGAAUCCCCUCUCUCCCCUUUACUCCCUGGAUGUUCUUGCGGAUGCUUCUCACCGAAGGUGUUCACCAGCACACUGCUCCUCCAGACAGGCAAAUGCACACUGGGGAGCCCCAUGCUCACGUGACAUCAAGAGGAAACGGAAGCCGGUGGCCACAGCAUCUGUGUCCAGCCCCAGUGCAGUUCACAUGAAUGCAGUAGAACUGACCACACCAGCAACGCAAGACCAGAAAUCUCCGAAUUCUGAGUGGUUGGUCCGGACCUCUGCAGCAGACAAAGCCGCUGACUCAACUACAGCAACAUUUUUUAAAACGCCACAGGAGAAGAGCCCUGGAUGCAGCUAGAGUUUGGGUUCCCUCCCCUGGGAGCUGGCUGCAAGUGUUAUCCAGUCUUGCAGCUCCUAGUGGACAUUCCCAUCCUUUCACCUCCAGGACCGACACCUCUGCACUCACAGCUGCCAGCUCUCUUUGAAAGUCAUGUUGUGGGAACCUUUUUAUUUCUUUUUAAUAAGUAAAGUGUUGAGGCAGCAGUUUUCUUAUUUUAAAGGUCAUCCUGUGCUGUGUGUGUUACCUUAUUGCUAUCCUACUUUCACCUACAGCUCUUUAUAGAGCCGUUCAUUUUUGUAGGUAUGUCUUUUUUCUUGAAAAACUAGAACUACUUUUGCACCCCUCUUGUGUACAGCCUUUGGUGCCAUUUAAGGAAGGCCCAAAUUUGCAGCCAAUCCAAACAAAUUUCUGCGUGGAAUCGUGUCUGCAGCAGAAGAGGCCUGCCUAGAGCCAGGUCUUGAUUCACUCAGAGUACCAUUAAGAUAAGUGUCUGAGUUCGCAGUUUGGCGCACAGGCCUAGGGAACUUCUUCGGCUUUUCUGUGGUGGUCUGAUGGGGUCACCAGCAGCUGCACUAUACCUCAUCUUCAGUGUGUUUGUGUUCUGUGGAAAGAGGGCACAUCUACACGCACAGAUAGGUGUAAUGAAGAAGAUGGUUUACAUCAGUGACUGUCUCGGUGAUGCAGACACCCUGCUGCAGCACGUGUGCCGUAGGUUCACCACCACAGAAACUUCAGUAGUCAGCAGAUUAUGUCUUACUGUUCCGUGUCACCGUGUAAGCCUUUGUGUCCUGAGUGGGACUUUAUUGUUGGUGUUAUAUAUAGUCAAUAACCUGCAGCAGAACUUGAUACUCUAUUAUAAUAAUGGCUGCUUGGGGCCAUGCUUGGGGGAGGAAAAAUGUCUUUUUGACACGCCUUUAUACUUGGCGUGUUUAUGAUGACUCAGCUACACAUCUCUACAGUAGUGCCGGAAGUCAGACACUACUUUGUCAAAAUGAGGAAUCAGUGACUGCCUGGAGCUGCUGGAGAAAAGCCACACUUUCUAAAAAGUAUUACCAAGAGUGUCUGUCACUGAGGAGCCUGGUCGACAGAAGGGGUUUUUUUUUGUUUUGUUUUGUUUUUUGUAUGACUUGAGUGCUUUUACUCUGAAAUACUUGGAGCUGUUCGCUAAAUGCUUUCUGUUCUGGUCACAUGGAAAGGAACAUUCACCCUGCACGUGGAUGUGUUGUUGGUUAUAGGUGCUGAGAGGGAUACACCUUUUCUUCUCAGAGUGUGAUGGUCCCUUCCUCCCUCAAAAUGCAAUUCAUGAUGGGUUGAUCUAUCAUGUUCCCUUUAAAAAAUUACUGUUCUUAUCAGAAGCUCUGGAAUUGCUUUAUCAAGGAAUGGGCAGAUGCGUGGGUGUGAAUCUGGUUGGAAUGGGGGAUUAACACUUUAUGUAAAACCAGGAACAUGUCAGUCGACCAUAACCAGGAGUUGGUGGAAGGAGAGGGGAAUGGAGAUUGUGGGUGGGAGGGAGGUAGACAGGUGCCAGCCCAGCAUCCUGGAAUCACCCUUGGUUCUCACGUAGGAAUGGGUAUACUGACAGGGUGUCGAGGCCGCACUUCCUUUCCCUAUGGGCUGCACCCACAGAAGUACUGAAAAUGUCUUGUCUAUUGGAUAAAUGAGCACUACUGACUUGGUGAUAAAAGUACAUUUUAUUGUCAUGUGCAGUGUCACCUAGUCCUCACAGUGGUCUUUUGGCACAUACUUCUAACAUGCUUGGUAGGAUUUAAGGAACAGUUUUAUGAAUACAACUCUUCGUCUUUGUGCUGAGUGAGCUCUGUGGCUCAGGCAGAGAUGAGUCCUGUGAUCAUGACCUGUUAAGGCCUCAGAUGCAGAGGGAAAUCCAGCAUCUUCAUGACCUGUUGUAUACGAGUCCCCUUUUUUAACCUAUACCUUAAUAUGAUUUAUAUAUGCAACCUUAUUUACAUUUUAAACAUUUCUAUGAAGUCAUGCCAUUUUACAGAGUUGAAAACAGUCAUAGAAUUGAAUGACUUGCCCAAAAUCACAUGACCAAGCCUGGACUAAAAUCCUAGACUGAAGAUUUUUUUGCCUUGGGUUAUACUCUUGUUGCGCUGGUAGACCUGAGCAGUCUGAGACCAACGUUUAUGAAGUAGUUUGCCAUGAAUGCUUAUCAUUUCUCUUGGGCAUGGUUUUCUAUAUCUUCUGAAUACUUUCGACAGGGAUCACCCAAGAAUGCAACAUCUACCUAUAAUAAAUGGGAAGAAAAUUA